AUGGCAGCCUCUCCUGGAUGCUUGCCUGGAGCAUCCCAUGGACAGAGGAGCCAUUCAGUCCACAGGGUUGUAACAAGUCAGAUACAACUUAGCUCUAUGCAAGCAGUUGCCAAUCUAGUGAGAAAAGGAAAAAAAAAAAAAGCCAAGCCAAGUUUCUUCAAGCUCUCGAUUCCAUGCCCCGGGGAGCUUAUUCUACAGAAUCCAGGCGGGCGUGGAGAGACCCCUGAACGCUGGAGGACAUGCUUCAUGGCGGAGAUGCAACCUGAGGUUGGCCUGGAACAACCAGCAAAGGAUCGUGUCCCAAGCCGAAUCCUCUCUGGUGUUUCCGCUUUUAAUUCUCAGUUCAAUCUGAAAAUGAGAAUCAGUAGCCACUGA